AAGGGCGUGUAGUAUUAGUAAUCGGCCAAGCAAAAAACCCCACAGUACAACUGACAGCGGUGAGCGGCAAGCGGUAGCGCAGACAAGGAAACAGUGGUGCAAGAAGCGCCAAGGCUCGAUUUCUCUUAUUUAUUCAGCACCGUGAAAUAAACGCGGCAUAAUCGGGAUUAUAUGACUAUUGUAUGCAGAUUUUUUUGGGUGGAACAUUUUUGUUUUGACGCACGGAUAUCAUAUACAUUUUUAAUAGACCAUCUGUGAACACACAUUCGACCGGCUCGCAGCGACGUGCGUGGGUAACGUGUACCGUACGAUGGAUGGUAUUCUGUGUCACUGUUGGUCGGUCUGACUAACUCGAGUCACCGGGGACCGUUGAGUCACUGGAUAGUUUUACGGGAAGGUAAUUUCUCGAAACGUAACGUUAGUAGGCUAAUCAACACUGAACGGGUUUUCCUGUCCUCUCUGACUUAUCGUUGGAAGACGUUUGUUUAUCGUGGCAGAAAUCAAUUUGGAGUGUUUUAAACGGAACACUUACGCGAUAAUCUCAACGUGGAACAUACAACCUCUCUACUAUACAUGAUAAUCUCAACGUGGAACAUACAACCUCUCUACUAUACAUGAUAAUCUCAACGUGGAACAUACAACCUCUCUACUAUACAUGAUAAUCUCAACGUGGAACAUACAACCUCUCUACUAUACAUGAUAAUCAGAUUAUGAAGAGUCUGUCUCCCCGUGUCAAUGACGGGUAAAAUGGAAACCCCUUUCUACCACGAUGAAGCUCCAGGUAUUCCUCACAACUUCGGACAUCAUGCAGAUUACGAGCGUUACCAGGGCCACAAGAUGGUGAGUAAGAAAGCCAUGGCGGUUCAUAACUUCUCAAGUAAUUCCCACGGCAGCUUGAAACUGCUGCAAGGCCAGGCGGGGAACAGUGGAAACAUGAACCCCAAUAAUCUGGGCGGGAUUAACCUCAACGGGAACAGUUCCUUAAUGCCCAGCGUUUCGUCCGACAUGAACCUUCUGAAGCUGGCCUCGCCCGAUCUGGAGCAGCUGAUCAAUCAGUCCAACCAAGGCCUGGUGACGACCAGCCCGGUCCCAAACCCGAGCGGAGCCAACCCGUUCAUGUACCGGAACAACGCAACCAAUGAACAGGAGGGUUUUGCCGACGGGUUUGUCAAAGCCCUGGCGGAUCUACACAAGCAGAACCAGCUUGUCGGUGCCCCCAUGUCCCCAUCGGGCUCAGUCCAAGGGCCCUACCAGAGGAACAUCAUAUCUACUGGGGACAUGCCCAUCUAUACCAACCUCAGCAGCUACAACCCUAACCACCCCAAUCAUAUGUCCUCACCCUACCCUGGGGGCCAGAUCCCAGGGGGGUAUCCAAGUCACGGCCCCCAUGGAGCAGGGGGCCACGGCCCCCACCAUGCUCAAAGCAGGGGGAUGGAUGCCCCUCAGACUGUGCCCGAGGUACCACACCCCCCCGGGGACCCCACAUCGUCCCCCCCCUCCCUCUCCCCCAUCGACUUGGAGACCCAGGAGAGGAUCAAGGCGGAGAGGAAAAAACUGCGCAACCGGAUCGCGGCGUCCAAAUGCCGCAAGAGGAAGCUGGAGAGGAUCUCGCGCCUGGAGGAGAAGGUGAAGGUGUUGAAGACGCAGAACUCUGACCUGGCGUCCACCGCGUCCGUCUUGCGGGAACAGGUGGCCCAGCUCAAACAGAAAGUCAUGAAUCACGUCAGCAACGGGUGCCAGAUAGCAGUCGGCUCAGCCGCCAUGCAGGCCAAGACCGGCGCCGAGAGGGAGAGCACCAGCUGCUGAUCAGUGGACAGGACAGUACAGUGAUGAUGACGAGGGUGGUUUUUCUGCCAUGGCUCUGAGUCAGUGCUCUCUCUGUAAUGAAAGUAGUUCCUCUGCUAAGUGAGGGGUUGUGAUGAUGGUAAGUGAAGUGUGCUAACCGUGAGGGGGGGGGGGGCUAAGGGAGAAUCCCACCUGACUCGCCACACAUACUUUGGCCAAUCACAACAAGAGUUCUAGUGGUAACACAACUACACACAGUAAGAGGACUCACACGUUGGUACCUGAACUCCUUGCAUUUUCACGGGUGCAUCCAAAUGACAGAGCGCCUCCCGUUUCGACACUCGGAGACCAAAGCUGCACCCAUUCUCUGUGACAGUGAGACAUUGUGAAGGGAAAUAAAGCACCCAGGGGUGGCUGAUAACCUGGGGCUUAGAAUGCUGAUAACCAGUUGGCUGCUGGUUCGAAUCCAACAGCCGACAGAGUCUAACUGGGCCCGUAACUCUCUGCUAAAUGUCUCAAACGUGAACACAGACCUUUUAUAGACUGAAGACCGGGCAUCACGACACUGCCUGCCCCUCAUACUCAGCCCGGGCACUAUACAGGAAUAGGAGAGCGUUGCGUUUCCACAUUAUACUUCACAUUAGAUGGCUGGAGAGGCAGGGUGCAUAAAACAGGAAGUCAAAUGUAAAUGUUUUAAGUGAUUGAGUGUGAAACAAGUCAGGGAUCCCAGGGGAGUGUGGGUAAUCAUAUGUCACCUCAGAACGGGAAUUCCUACAUUCUCUAAGGUAAUCUCGAUUACUUCACGAAAAAGUCCAGACGGUAUGCAGUGGUCUUUUUAAUUGGCGCUGCUUUAGUGUCGCCAGCUUUCCAUUUGAAUCAGAUGAAGAGUGUAUGUUCACUUAACAGGAUCUGCAGUGAAUUGAACUUUUUUGAGAAGUGACUACAUUACAAGUGAUGGUACAGUGAGACCAAGUGUUUCCUCACGGCAGACUGUAGUUUGAAUUUAUGCGAAAUUAAGCCCUUUUGGGCUUUUUCCAAAAAGCAUUUGGUCAAAGUAUCACACUGCUGUUUAUCAAAUCCCUUGGUUGUAAUAAUGUGCUGUAGACCAGAGUGCAGAAUUUAUUUCUUUGAGUCACUUUAGUCUCAGCUGUGUAUUUGAGCUUGUCUGUCUGAUUAAUAUGCUGCCGUGCGUGUGAGGUCACAGCAAAGCAAACCUCUGGAAAAUACACACCUGAAUCAUUGAAGUCAUUGUGUUUUAUUGAAACAACUUGUGAAAACUAUGUGAAACAGACGGAAGCUUCAGCUGAUUGACAAAUCUUUUAAAAAGAAUUAAACUAAUAACAAGUUUGUGUGAUAACCUUUAUAGUUACACAGAUUACUGUUGGUUACUUUCCCAUUGGAACCUGGGCAAUUCAUUUUAAAGCUUUGGUAAUUAAUUUUAAAGCCUUGGUAAUUAAUUUUGUAACCUAGUUAAUUAAGUUUCAAAACCUUGGAAAUUCUGACAGAUUUCCUGCAUUCCAAGCAAAAUCCCCUUUGCACUGUACUUUUUCUAAUUAUGCUGGAGGAUAAUUUAUAGUGAUGGCUGUGUUUCAGUGCUGUGUUUAAAUGAACUACUCUGUGUCAGACACUUUCAAAGGCCUUUUAGAUCAAUGUGUUGUGUUAGAGACAACAUUACGCUUGGACAAUGGAAGAGGAAGAACGAUGCUUCUUGAGAUCGCAGCAAGCUAGACUGCAGAAACAACACAAGGGCUUUUGAUCAAAAGAAGAUUAUGACUUUUUAUUUCUUGUUUUAAAACAUUUUUGAGCAAUUUAUUUAUGCAACUGUAUCUCUGAUAUUUAUGUUUUCUGUAGAAAGAAACUGCACAGGAUGGAUUUAAUGUCUUGUUGACAUUUUGGGGAAAUACGAUAUAUUGCACAUAAAUCAAAACAAUAAAUCAUGUUCUAAUAUUUAUCUGUCGUCUCAACAUGGAAACUAUUUGAUACUUCAUUUUAUUCUUACAGUGCAAGUAAAAUAUGAUUGUCUAUAUAGUGUGUAAAUCAGAUCAUAGGCAUUCAAAUUUCCUCAAGCUAAAACAAAAACAUACUGCCAUGACCAAACAAGGAUUUGUUGAUCCUACAAGUUUUGGAAAAAUUCCUAAAAUCUGAAUACUUUAUGUUCAAUUAUAUAUGCGGUGCACUGAAACUUUUUUAAUAUAAUUAUAUAUAUAUAAUGUCUCAUGAUGAUAAUGUAUGUCUUUAGCUUACAUCAGUCUGGAGAGAAAAAAAUCAAAGUAGACAGAUAUUAAAUCUGUCCAAUACUUUUUGGGAACGUCAAGGGAAAUAUUUAUUUUUUAAACUUGAAUAAGGCUUUUGAUGUCACUAAUGGUAAUGAUUAUAUUUUUGUAUAAAAUGUAUUCAAAGUUCUUAAAGUACAAAAUUGAUGAUAGAGUAGUAGAACCCCCUGACAUGUUGGUUUAGUGUUUUAUAGUGCAUAAUAUACAUUAUUUAUUCAGGUGGAUUUUGAAGUGGGGCAGGUAAAUAUUAUUUUGUAUACUGUAGUUUGUGUACUUAAGAACACUACUCUUUGUUGUGUAAAUUUGUUUGUGUCGAUAUAUGUGAAAUAAUAUUUCUGCCUUGUUUAUAUAUUUUUUUUUUCAGUGUAAGAUAAAAACGUUUCUAUGGGACCACAGAGAGUGUGUCUAAAUUAAUUUAACCCUCAGUUUGGAUCUUAAAUUCCUGCCUCUUCUGUUUGGGGCAAUGGCUUGAUGUGUUCCUGAGACUUUUCAGUAACUAAGCCUAUGUGAGGGACGUGUUUUUAUACAUGUUACUGAAGGAAUGUCAAGCAGUAGAACGUACAAGCACUGUGAUUUGCUGCUGCGUUGGGUUGAAACGUUCCAGUUUACCAUGUGAUUAGUUAGGAUGAGGUGAUAUAGUAAACCAGGAUAUUUCUCCCAGGUAUUGAGUGCAAAUGACCCAACGAUCACGAUCAAGCCAAAGAUAAGCAUUUAUCAGCACAUGCCAUUGUACGUGGAGAGCUCCCUUGCCUAAUUGGGCUCUGUAGGACACCCCUGCCUAAAUUAACGUUCACAAAAAAUGGGUUACAUUGUUGAUUUGAGACCACAUGUAAACAUUGUAGUGUGCUUGUCUGGGCUUUUUGGUGAUGCCAUCAGACACUCGCCUUGGCCCAUUUCUGCCGUGGUCAAGGCACCAGAAAUUGCUGCGUUUUCUGACAACCAGUUAAACAGGCAGUUGCAGAUCAACAAGAAGCCACAUCUGAAUAAGUUGACAAAAAAUGGAAGAUAUGCUGUGAUUACACCCUGUGAUGAUUAUCAGCUUCAUAAUAAAUCAAUAAAGGUUUUAAAGGCAAGCCACAGUGUAUGAGGUCACAUCCUGUUUACUAGUGAACACGGCUGUUGGUAUAUACACUAGGGAAAUGUCCAUGUCUGAGGGCGUGGCCCAAAUAGCACCCUAAUCCCUGUGCCAUUCAGUGCACUACAUCUGACCAGGCCCAAUAGGGACUGGUUAAAACUAACGCAUUUUAGGGAGCUGUAAGGUGCCAUUUGGGACGCACAGAAGUCCCUGUGUAAAAAAAAAGGACCCAUAUUGAUUGCUGGGCGACUUGCCUGGCUUUAACUGUUGCUUUGACUGAAUUGUGUUGGUUUACAAUAUGCUGUCUUCUUGAAAAGAAAGUGUUCAAUGUUUCCUUGAAUGUUUUUUAAUAAACCAACAAUAAAAAUGUUGUAUGUCA